AUGGCGAUGAAUCGAUACGCAUUGGCUGCUGGAACUCGGGCGCAAUCUUGUAUUUUGCGGUGUAGUCAACCAACAUAUACAAUUAACGUUCUGAUCAGUACAACAAAGCAGGAAAGUGAUGUCGCAGGACGAAAGGAUGUCCCAGAAAGAAUUGGUUUUUUUACGAAAUUGAAAUGCCGUUUCCAAGGAAUUCCGCUGAAGGAUGAGUUGCAUGCCCCGAUAUCCUUUAUGAGAGAUAUCGGAAAACAGUAUGUUCCACCACCUUUGCCUGAAAUACCAAAGGAUUUCAAGGAAUACCCAGAGCGUGAUUUGGUAAAUUAUCCGUAUCCUGUGAAGCGUAUGUAUCCGCCAAAGUUGCGGCUUAUGAUCGUACCAGACAAAUUCAUGAGUGAUUUUCAUAAAUAUACAGGAACAUCUGGGCCAUAUGUAUUCUUCGGGAUGCUUUAUGCAUUUCUUCAUACGAAAGGGCUAUUCGAGAUUGCUCACGACAGAGUGAAGAUCUUAGUCCUUCUGUUCUACUACUACAUAUUUUCCAGAGCUUUCAACUAUCGAUGGGACAAAUAUUUUUAUGAAAAUUGUAAGAAAGUCGAAAAAAAGUACUUGGAUAUCAUUGAUAACAACUUCAAGGCAGUUCGAGAAGUUCAGGAGACAUCAAAAGCAGAAAAAAGUGCUUGUGCAGCGGUGAAGGAGUAUUAUCCAGCAAUCUUUAAAGAGAAUUUAGCCCUUCAAUUAGAAUCAACUUAUCGGGAAAAUGUGAAGAAAUUGGCUACUGAAGUAAAACGUCGACUUGAUUAUUUACAAGAAACGGAAGCUGUGAGACAUAGUUUCGCUCGUGACCAUAUAUUAAAAUGGAUCAUCAAUUCCGUCCAGUCGGAGAUAAUGGCUAAUAAAGAAAACAUUAAGGAAAAGUAUAUGGAUAUCUGUAUCGAACAACUUAAAGGGCUUUCUCUACAACGAUGA